CCUCCUUUCCCAUCGACACCAGCUGCGACAGGUUGACAACCCGUCAAUGUUGUGUUCCUUCAAAACUAACUUUUUAUUUACGUAGUGCAAGAACGAGGCGCCGCUCUACCCUCCGACGAGGCGGAGAGAUGACAGGUUCGGCGAGCGCAUUGGGGCGCGCGUAGGUACCAAAAGUCCGAGUACCGUCGAACAAAUCGAUGGCAUAAAUGCGCUCGGCUAUCAGCGUUAUCCUGUCGAGUCCGGUGCCCGACAACAAGAUGUCCCAUCCCGAUUACGAGCAGACCGCCCACGAUCACGCCGCCCUGCUGCUGCUGCUGAGGCCGGUCGGUACGCAGAUCAAGCCGAAGACGGUGAGUAGGUUAUGCGAGCGGAUCGUCAAGGCCGGCAGCAGGUUCUCCGUGUCCGACUCGAGCGGCGGCACCCGGGAGAUCCUCGCCCGAUUCGUCCGGGAGCAUCCCGUGGAGAACAACGACUGGGGGGACUUUCAGACGCACAGGAGACUCCUGGGCCUGAUCACGUUUGGCAAGUACGACAAUCAGACUGAGCUGAACGAGCUGUGCAGAGUGCACGAGACCCUCAAGGUCAAGUACAGCAGCACCCUGUACGACUCGCGCGCCAUCCUCUUCGGCCCCCUCGAGUCCAACGGCCGGCACGAGCCGCCGCCGGGCUACACCACGCCCGGCAACUUCAAGACGCGGGCGGUCUUCUACGCGGACGAGGCCUGUCUCGAUCUCGAGACGCAAACGGCCGAGUAUCUCAAUUUCCUCUUCUGGAUCUUGGAGUCCAAGAGGCUCGAGCGCUCCAGGGAGAAGAUAGACCGCGUCUCGCUUCUGCUUGCCCCGUUCGAGAAGAAGGAUUUUAUCGGAUUGGACCUCGAGUCCAGAAAUAACAAGAAGAGAUGCGUAGGUCGCAUGACGAAGCAUCUGGGAGAUCUGUGUCUACAAGCCGGACUUCCAGCUGACGCCCUGAACAAUUACAAUUCCGCGGCGAAUAUUCUGCAGGCCGUCAACGACUGGCUGUGGCUGGGGGCGGCGUACGAAGGUCUCUGCGCUGCCUCGGUCUUGGUCCUUUAUCCUAAUAUGUGCCGAAGUCUUCCGUUGCAAAGAAAUUCUUCCCUGCAAGAAGGAAGUCCAAGUAAGCAGAGACGAGGAUCACAGGCUCUCACAGUCUUGCCAUCUCCGCCCAGUAUAGACAUGGUAAAGGCCAGCAUGCCACAUAUUUCACUACCUGAGGAAAUAUCUAAGAAAUAUCGCGAAGCUAUAGUGCAUUAUAGUAAAUACCAAUACGCAGGUAUUAUUGAAACUGAAGCGAGUUUCAAAGCUACAAGAAUCUCAAUAGAGCAGAACUGUACCUUACAAGCUGCGUCGUAUUUAAAUAAUGUUGUGCUAAUCAAUUUGUCUCUCAGCGAGCAAGAAAAAAUUGAUCGAUUUACCACAUUGUCAGAUCUGUACACGAGCUUUGGUUUUGAUAGAAAAGCGUCAUUCUGUAUGCGAUUGGCCGCGACUCGUCACGUGUCGCAAAACAAUCCUAAUCCAGACUGGCAACAAUGUUACAAUUUGAUGCUGCAAGCUACGUCUGGGUUCAAAUUAUCCUUGGAUCCUGUUGAUACGCCGCCAGAUGGACAAAGAGGAUGGCCGGCUAUACAGAUUCAAAUAAUAAACGAGCUCGUUGCUGCUGCCAAUCGAAUGGGCAAUCCGGCGCUUGCCACGAGGCACCUGACGUUUCUGCUUCAAACAAUGUAUAAUCACCUAACGCUUACUGAACGGAAGGAUAUCGCGCUGCAGCUACAAAACGUAUCUCAACAGUGCGAGGGUGCACCAGUCCCCCUUGUUUUAGAUUCUGGUACUGUCAUACCACCGGCUAAUUUGUUAAAUAUACCAAAAACAAAAUCGUUCGCUCUGAAAAACAUGCAGCCGCACUUGCAGCCUCAAAAGAUAGAAAGAGUGAAGGAAGAUCAUGGCCCAUUUUUAUUCACGCCAAUUAACUUUGGAUCGCUGGAGCGCAAAAAUACUUCCAAGAGCAAAGUUGAUUAUCUGUGGGUGGAAGGAGAUAUCUGCGAGGUGUCGAUGCAGCUCAUAAAUCCUUUACCGUUUGAACUGCACGUCUCUAACAUGAGACUCUUGACAAACGGCGUAGUGUUCGAGUCGAUACCGGAAAGUAUCAGCCUGCCCGCCGAGUCCGGUCCUAUUGCAGUUACUUUGGCAGGCAGACCCAAGGAAGUUGGAGAUUUAGAGAUACUCGGCUUCAGCACGCACACGUUAGGAGUUAAAUCUAACUGUAGAUUGAGAUACAUGGGGGGUAUGUUACAUCCUCAAUACACGGUCGAAGUCAUUCCAGCCUUGCCGAGAAUCGAUGUCGCGACUAGUUUGCCUCAAACUGCUAGUUUCAGCUCCGGCGACAAUAUAGUCACCAGCGCGAGUAUAUCGCUCUAUGGCGGCGAAAGCGCCGAGUGUACCGUAACAAUAACGAACGCCGGUCAGGUUCCUAUCGAAAUGGUCGAGCUGUCGGUGCAGUCCGCUCUGGAUGCUGUAACUGAGGGUAAAAUUUUCAAGUGGAGCGAUGAGAAUCUAAUGACACAGCUGCCUUUACAGCCUGGCAGCAGUGCGAGUCUCACUUUGUAUCUGUAUGCAACGACGGAUUUUAUAGCACCUUCGAUUAGAAACGAUGCGAGCAGUACCUAUCUUAGUCAACCAAGCAGUCUAAUGUCACAUUCAGGCCACAGUUCUCUGCCAUCCAGGCUCAGUUCUCCGUCUCACACGAAGAGACAAUCCGAACUGACCUCCUCCUUCAGGUCAGGAGUAAGCUCGCACUCCGGCCAUUCUUCCUUUGCGAGCACGCGUCUGUCGAAACUCGCGGUACCUUUACACAUGUCUAACAUUAUCGAGGGUCAGUUGAGGAUAAAAUACUCGGGAGGUGCAGGCCUGACAACUGGCUACUGCAGGAUCUCGUCUGUCUUUAUAACCAUCGAGAUGCUACCCAGCGUGCAGAUCACUAACUGGGACGUAUUGCCGGCCGAAACACCAUUGCAAUUUUAUCUCGUGCUGGACGUGACGAACAUGACGAAUCACGAAAUGGAGUUGCACUAUACGCAAAACAAAUGUAUAUACAUGGAGGGUAAAGAACCAUGUAGAAUUCCCGUUCCAGUUGACCGAUGUCCACUUAACAAGUUAUCUAUGUUGAAUGGUACUGGCGACACGAGUGAACUCCAAAAAGUAUGCGCCGAGCACAUAGCCUCACUGGUCGAUCUACGCUGGCAAUUGCUGGGCACCGAGUCAACGGGAAAAGCAACCCUAUCCGGCAUCACUCUAACUCAGGAUAUGUUGGAUCUGGUCAGAAUGAGCCCUUUACAGUGGGAGAUAACCAUCAACGAUAUCAUUGUGAAGGCACAGGAGGAACUGUCGUGCGCUUUGGGCGAAUGUAUCAGCGUCGGCGUGGGAGUGUGCAACGCGCUAGAACAUCCGCUGAGCGACCUUACGUUGUCCGUUAAUUUCUACCAGGACCAUCAUAACGGAGUUAACAAUUAUCAGUUGGAGACAAGACUGUCCAUAGCUGGCGCGAACAAGGUCAUGCUGCCCACUUUGCAGGAAUACGGCAGAGCCUAUCACGAGUGUCGCGUGGUAUUUUUCACCGCUGGUCAGUACAAAAUAGAUAUUCAAUGCAGCAGCAAAGAGUCUGCCCCGAAUUCGCCGAUACUCUACUCGGAGCUUGUUAACGCGGGGCAUACGUGGCGUUAUAUACCGCCCAUCGAAAUAACUGUCGACGACUAUUAAUACUAAAUAAAUGUAAAUCACUGUCUGCACCUAUAAACUGUAACAAUUGUAUAAAAAAAAGAGCCAAAACGUUGUAUUAGUAAUAUAUAUAUUAUAUAAAUAAAUAAAGAACCGAUAUUUACUUUAAUGAAAUUAAUAAUUGUUAUAUGUAAUUCUGUUGAGUACAAAUAUACUUGCAACGAGUUUGUAUACGUGAACGUUAAAA